CAACAACAGUAUAAGUAGUUGAAUGCCUUGAAACAGGUAUAUGUGCAUAUGGAGAAACAUAUCAACAAAACGUCCGAUGGCCUCGUUGUGCUCGAGAGAGAUCAGAAGAGUACGAAUGCCCAUACUGGUUGCUUGGUCGCUUUGAGUUGUGGCGCAAGUAUCUGGUUAUGCGGUACUGGGCUUGGCACCAUCGGGUUGGCGAUGCAAGAACGAAGUCACAACAACCUGUUAAGAUACUUGCAAGAUAUUGUGGCUGGUCCAAUACAGCAGUCGUCCAGCGCUGCCUUGGCUGGAAGCAUAGCCUUGUGUAGCGUUGGGUAUGUGACAGCAUGUAUAAUAGCUUAUCAUCGGAAUCCAAGUUUUGUCGCAUUCACGACUGCAUUUUGCAUCGCUGCAGUCUUUUUCGAAGGCUUGUGGAAUGGGCUCCGUGUGAGCCUCAUGGAAAGGCUCGCAGUUGUGAUGCCGUUAGCAAUCAACAUCGGUGUUACAUUGGCAUUGAAUCGUCGAAGAACCCCAAAGUCUCGGGGUUUACGGAUAGUUGGCGACAGUGCAUAGCAAGUCUUAAGAUACGAUUCUUUUUCUAUUCAUGGGAACUGUUCGAGCGAUCCGGACGUGG